CCACCUAGGGGUAAGGGCUCGGUGAACAACUGCUGGGAGCUGUUGACAAAAGGUUCGGUGACCCUCUGCGUAGGCCUUGUGGAGGUCUCUGCCUCUCUCAGCUGCCUCACCCAGACUCCAGAAAGGGUGCUCAGGACCACACCCCACCAAAGGACGGGUGCUCUGCGCAGAACAAAGCCUCAUGGAAAGCGCCUCUCCGGGUGGAUCCAGGCAGGACAGCAGGCAGGCCUUGUCUCCCUGUGUGGGACCAGGCCCUAGGCUUCUUUGCCAGGAGGCAAAGCCCAAUCCUUUCUGAGGACUGGGAGUCAUCGGUCCAAGUCAGGAAUCUCUGUGAUUCAUUUUCCAAGGGUAAGUGCAGUUCCAGCAGGCGUCCUCAGAGGCCCUGGCAGGCAGAACUGUGCCCAUUCCCAGAGGAGGAACAGAGGGCAAGGACAGGAACCUGCCCCCAGGGACCUGGACCCAUCAGACCGUGGAGAGUCGGGGCAGGUGGAGCUUGGGGGGUGGAGGUGGGGCCCUGUGAACUUUGGCUGCUUGGAUCUUAGCCCAGCCACCGCCCCCAGUUCUCCACUAACUGGGCAUAAAUACUUCCUGCCUGGGGCCUCCAGGCCCGUAAACACAGCGGGCUAGGAGGUGGACAGACACACCAGGCCUGUGGCCUAGGGAAGCCCAGACACGUACAGCAGGUGGAAGAAACUUCUUCUAAAAGCAUCAAGGAAAGUCUUCUCCAAGAGGAAAUCGGGGAGAGCAACACCCACCCUCAAAGAAAGUUCCGGAGACGGGACUGAGGUUCCAAGUGGAACAAAAAUUUGGCUGAUGGUGUCCUUGAACUUGGCUCCUGGGUACAGGUGGAACACAGCUGACACUACCACUUAGCUACCUCUUCAAGAGCAGCCCCCUGUCUCAGACUCCUCAGGGCCUGGGGAGCUCACCCUACUGUCCAGCUCUGUCUCUUGUGGACUCCUGACCCACACUGGGAUGUGCUCCCUUCCUGUGCCCCGGGAGCCCCUGCGCCGAGUGGCUGUGACUGGGGGCACCCACGGAAAUGAGAUGUGUGGCGUCCACCUGGUCCGGCAGUGGCUGCAGGCCCCAGGGGAGCUGCAGAGACCCAGCUUCUCAGCCAUGCCAGUUCUGGCCAACCCAGCAGCCACAGCUGCCUGUCGCCGUUACAUGGACCGUGAUCUCAACCGCAUUUUCACCCUUACCUUCCUCAAUUCCACAGCCACUCCCGAUGACUCAUAUGAGGUGACAAGAGCCCGAGAGUUGAACGAGCUACUGGGUCCCAAGGGCACAGACCAGGCCUUCGACUUUAUCCUAGACCUGCACAACACCACAGCCAACACUGGAGUCUGCCUCGUCUCUGAAGCCUCCCACAACCCCUUCAACUUGCACCUGUACCACUACCUACAGCUGCAGAACCCGGGGCUGCCCUGCCACCUCUUGCAAUACGAUCCACCAGGGAUGGAGACCUACAGCUUGGAAUCUGUGUCCAAGAAUGGAAUCUGUCUGGAGAUGGGCCCCCAGCCUCAGGGCGUGCUGCGGGCCGACCUGUUCUUACGGAUGAGAGCUCUGGUGGCGUCCAUUCUGGACUUCAUCGAGCUCUACAACCAAGGCAAGGCCUUUCCCGCCUUUGAGAUAGACAUCUACAGGAGCUUGGGCAAGGUGGACUUCCCCCGCACCGCGGACGGUGACCUGGCUGGCACUGUGCACCCUCAGCUGCAGGACCACGACUUUGAGCCACUGAGGCCUGGUGAACCCAUCUUCAAGCUGUUCAGUGGUGAGGACGUACUGUAUGAGGGGAACUCCACUGUGUACCCUGUGUUCAUUAAUGAGGCCGCCUACUACGAGAAGCACGUGGCUUUCCUGAAAUAUGAGAGGAUCCGGGUCUCUGUGCCUGCCCUGCCAGAACUGACCUCCAGCUCCACCCUGGCCCCCUAACCCAAGUCAUACCUGCCUGGUCUCAGUCUCCCUUUCUGAACAGUCAGUCCUGAGGCAUAGUUCCGAGCCCAGGGUCCACUGUCCUACCCUGGGCACCACGUCCCUUGCCAGGCAACCAAUCUCAUGAUAUAAAUGCAGUG